AUGCCUAAACGUAUACCAACACCUGAACCCGGGCCAGACGAGCCCAAAUACUAUACCGUCGUCCAUCCUUAUCCGCCACAUCUCGACUGGCAGUUGGAUGAAGAUUGUCGCGAGUUUGGGCGGUGGAUUGCGUGUUGCUUGGGUGGCGAGGGCAACGAGGCGUACUUCUUUGCGUUGUUUUGGAAGCCGAGUGCGCGCGGGCAAGUGAUCAUUGAGAUCGCACGCGACUUUGAAUUCCCGGAACGGCUGCUGGGGGAGCACAGAUGGGCUGGGUUCCUCAAGAAGCCAAUGGGAGAAGAACAUACCGGAAAGUCGGCGAUAUUCUAUUCGACGUAUAACUCUGGUCGGGCGGUACAGAAAGAUGGCUGGAGGAAAGUGGAAGUGAAGGAUUCGUGGUUCCGCGCGUGGCGGCCUCAGAGCUGCAACAUGGUCUUUCCUUACCCACUUCCUGUUUGGUGUCAGGUGCCCCCCGAAGACCGCACCACCAAGCCAAUGUGUAGACCGCUGCCAGGAAGUGUUGUCACCCCGCCACUGCCUGUUGUCGUUCCCCCACCAGCACGAGCAGUUCCAGGCUCUUCUGCUUGGCUGACACAAAGGGAUACGCCUUCUGCAGGUGGACGCGGGCGAGGACGUAGCAAUGGCGGCGCUCCACCACUUCAACAACGCAAAACGGAGAGGAAUAUUCCUGCUUCGUCAACAGCACCUUGGCACCACACAAACACCCCAACAACCCGUUCUAUCCUUCCCAAAAUUUCCCCGAGCGACGCCAGCAUUCCGGCAGCGGUGCGUCACGUGUUGAGCCCACGUGAGUCGGACAAUGCGUACAUCGACGAGUUGUAUAACCACGAAGACGAAAAUGACCCCGAUCUUUACGUCCCUGACUGGGAGCGCGCCACGUCGAGUAACCCGCUCCUGCCGGCCAACUCAUCGCGACAACGGACCCCCAACUUGGACAAUGAUCCGCUGACUGCGAUGUGUCCAGUCACUGGCCACGGGCGCACGUGCAAGAAGGGCAUAUGCACAGAGCGCGCCAAGAUGGUCAGGAGGGUCCAGCACAGAGACGCCGAAGAGAAGCGGGCCAAGGAGCGGAAGGAGAAAGAGCACCAAAAACGAAGAGAUAAGAUACGCGCCGAAUCGCAGGCUGCGGAAAGCAAGCUGCAAGAGGACCUGGAUUACCAGCGAUGGGAUGAGAACACCGGGAUUUCUGAGGAGCAAGCGAAAUGGGAAAAUGGAGAUUGGGACGGAAAUGGGUGGGGUGGGGACGACUCAAGUUGGCAACCAAAAGAGGCGGCUGACGGGCAGCAAGAGGAGACGGCCACUCCUAGCAUUGAUGAGGUGAAAGACGAGCCUGUGCCGCCUGCAGAAGAGCAGCCGGAACAGAAGGAGGAGACCACGAAAGUAUGGUCGACCAAACGCAAAUCUCGCAAGGCGAAAGUUACACCUGAUAAGGGCACCGCUUCUCAGGCAGAAACUCCGAGCGAGACCAUCCGCGAGCCAGAGACGAUAUCAUCAGGCCCGGAAACUAACAAGCUGGAUUGGGCGGAUGAUGUCGAGGCGAUGUAUACUCCAGAGACCAAGACGGACCAACCGAGCAAUGCCACUGAACCAGCAACUAAUGGAGAGGCUUCGAACAAGAAGAAAGGGAAGGGCGGAUGGACGAGGCAGCGGGCGAGGAAGACUGCUGUCGUAAAUGCGUGA